AUGAAAACGGCACAAAAAAAGCUAUUAGGCCGCACCGAAAAAGCGAACAAUAACAAACAAGCACAACAAAAACAAGUUUCUCAACAAGAAGGCGACGAAGAUUUCUUUAAAGAUGGACUUGACGGGGAUUUUUGGAAUAAGGUUUAUGUAAGACAGAGUCAAGGAUUGUCGUGGAAAAUAGCUAUGGACGAAGAGCGUGUUGAAAGGCUGAUCCAGAGGUGCAAGGGUAGUGGAGAAUUGAUUGAUGAAGAUCCAGCUCUAGUGAUGUUAAAGAAGUGGCCAGUAUCUAAGCAAUACAGAGAAAAUCCUGAACGUCUUCCAGGCCUUGAACAGUCGAUAAAUCGGUUGUUGGAGAUUCUACUACGAAGUAAAUUCAACUUAGGAGAUAGAUAUAAGAUGUUUAGAGAUGAAGAUGACAAAGCUCGAAAGACAUUGCUGCACUAUGCUGCAGAACUUGGCUUUUUGUAUGUCACUAAAACCCUGGUGAAGAUUUAUCCAGGACAGCUGAUUUUGAUGACAAAAUCUCAAUUAAAACCCCUCAAAAAAAGGGCUAUGUUACCAGUCGAGUUGGCUUUGGAAGCAGAGAAGGAUGACGUGGCAGCAUAUUUGAUUAGAGUGAUGCGGCAUGAAAGUGUCCAAAGUUUAUUUUCUUGGAGACCAGGUAAUCUGACAAACCCCCAGCCAUCAUGUUUUAGUUUCAAGUCUAUCAUUGAGAAUGCCAAAAUGCAGAAAACAGUAGUGGCUGUAUUAGACCAGAUGGUGAACCCUCACUGGCCACAUCUUCCUAAACGCAAGGACAGUUAUGAAACUGAAGAAGAGAGAGAGGCAGUUGAAGGGGCCUGGAAUACAAUCCCAUAUGAUCCGUUAAACUAUCACUUUUAUUAUCACAUCUUGGAGGGUGAUGAUGGGGGACGGCCCCCAAAGAUUUUGGCGUCAGAUGAACCCAUGUGGAUAGAGAACAAAUACUUUAACUGGCGGGAAAAGUCUUGCUUACAUGUAAUAGCAAAAAGUAAUAAUAAGGAGGCUUUACAACAUCCUGCGGUCAGAAUGCUCAUUAAAACGAAAUGGAAGAACUACGGUUUUUGGUUUCUGAGCCUUCAAGCAGCCCUGUAUGUCAUCUUCUUGAUGUUCUUAACAUACUCUCUGCUUCAUGCCUCAACAAAAACGGAUCCCACGCAGUACAGCGGUGUGGCAGAUGCUCUACGUGGAUUUUGUGAAGUUGUUACUCUUCUUAUGGCCGCCUUCUAUGUCUGUGAGGAAUUAAUUCAAAUUAGAAUGUAA